GCGGGCAAGGAGCGUUGGGCGAGAGGAGCGUUGGGCGAGAGGAGCGUAGUGAUUCCUGAUUGGCUACUUCCAGCAGCCUCGCGUUCCAAAUGAGCGGCCACGUCAAAUCAAGUCACGCGCACCGGAGCUGGCGCAUGCGCUCCGAGAGGCGAGGUUCACCUGGGAGAGCGAGUCGGUGCUGCGAGAGGGAAAGACGCGAGAGUGGCGCGCGAGGAGCAGCAGCCGCCGCUGCGCGAGGGAGGAAGUCCGUUCGGCCGGGCGGGGGAGCUGCCAUGAUGCCUGCCACAACAAUAAAGCCUGACAGCACACCGAUGUACGACCCUUGUCUCCUUCAGGAACUGGACUGGAGCCAGAAUACCGUGAUGUUUUCCCCUGCUAUUUCUCCUUUGCAGCCAGGUGAUGGUUUAGUUUUGAGGCCGCUUUGCAGUGCUGACAUCAACAGAGGCUUUUUAAAAGUUCUGAGUCAGCUGACUGAAACUGGACUUGUUAGCCCUGACCAAUUCAUCAAAACAUUUGAACACAUGAAGAGUUCUGGGGACUACUAUGUUACAGUUGUGGAAGAUACUAUUCUAGGAGAGAUUGUUGCUACUGCAACUUUAGUCAUAGAACAUAAGUUUACUCACUCAUGUGCAAAGAGGGGAAGAAUAGAAGAUGUUGUUGUAAGUGGAGAAUGCAGAGGAAAACAACUUGGGAAAUUUACUUUGAGGCCUGGUCAGGAGGACAGAAAAUCUCUACCAACUCUGCCAACUAGAGGAAGCCCACAAGCAAAGCACUGAAUUGCUCAUUUUCUUGUGACAAUGCCCCCUAGAUGCAGAAACAUGUUUUGAUACUGCAUUAUCAUUUUCACUUUGUUGGUCACCAAAAACGGACUGCCUUCAAGUCGAUCCCGACUUAUGGGGACCCUACGAAUAGGCUUUUCAUGGUAAGUGGUAUUCAGAGGGGGUUUCCCAUUGCCUCCCUCUGAGGCUGAAAGGCAGUGACUUAAGAGGCAGCUAUAUUAUGUUUUAGGAAUAAAGAUUUUCUCUUGAAAAAGUUGGACAGUACUGAAGCAUUUUGAAAUAAAGACUACUUUAAGCUCCUGUUUUCUAUCUGGAUACUUUUUAAUUCCUUCUUGUUGUGGAAUGUAGCCUGACGAAGCUAGUUAUUAGUGAUGGCAGUCAAGGGCUUGUUUGUUGUAUUAAAAAUCAAUUAUGGUAGAGUCAGUCUUUGGUAAGAGCAUAAAAAACUGUGGUAGGAAUUUGACUCAUCCAUAUUUUGUGCUCUACCCUGACCUUACAUCCCUUCCCUCAAAAGGGGGGAAAGUAAGUGAUUUAAUUUCCAUACCUGUACUUCACUCCAAACGUUUCCAUAAUAUAAGCAAUAACUAAGGCAGCACUGAAAGAAAAAAUGAAAAAGAUAUUAAAAGGUAAGAUGUUAUCAGCCAAGCCUUUUGCUUUGUUUUUAAAAAAGUGAACUUUGUUACCUUCUAGAAAUCCCUGCGUUCCCAUGGACAAGAACUUUUCCUGAGAACAAAAAGAAUUACUUUAUAUAAGACAUUUCCACAAAAUCACUAACUCUUGUAUUUGUAUUAAUUCAUUUAUAUCCCACCAUUCAGUCUACAGGAAGAUGGAAGGGAGGAAGGGCAGGGUUAUACAGCUAUGAGAGUGGCUGUAUACUAUAGCCAGCAUGGAUUUUUCACAUUCCGCAAUGUUAAAUGGAAAAUACCCCCGCAUGCCAUUCUAAUGCUUCCCAUAAGCUCAUUUCAAAACAAAACCUUACAAAACUUAUAGUUCUGAACUCGGAAACGCUUGCUUAACAAUCCUGUCAAUUUUCAUGGCGAUACACAAAACAGAGAAUCGAGAGUUCAAAUUCUAAAAAGAGAGAGAAAAACCUCAGAGCCCUUUUGGACUUUUUUCUGCCAAAGUUCUCAUAAUCUGUUGAAAUUCAUUAAAAAUCAGCCAUGUGGUGUGCCACAGGGCUCUAUCCUCUCUCCCAUGCUAUUUAAUAUCUAUAUGAAGCUGCUGGGGGCAAUCAUCAGGAGAUUUGGGCUGCAGUGUCAUCAAUAUGCGGAUGACACUCAGCUCUAUCUCUCGUUUAAAUCUUCACCAGAGUUGGCUGUGGAGACCUUGUCCAAGUGCCUGGAAUCCGUGAGUGGAUGGAUGGGAAGGAACAAGCUGAAGUUGAACCCUGAUAAGACCGAGGUCCGCAGCCUUGGGGUUGUGCUUGAUUCCAGGCUGUCCAUGGAGGCUCAGAUUUCGGCAGUGAGCCGGGCAGCCUGGUACCAACUACACCUCAUACGAAGGCUGCAACCCUACCUUCCUGUUCAUCAGCUCCCACUAGUGGUACACGCCCUGGUCACCUCUCGUUUGGACUACUGUAAUGUGCUCUACGUGGGGUUACCCUUGAAAACGGUCCGGAAAUUACAACUUAUACAAAAUGCAGCGGCUCGACUACUUACGAAUAGUCGCCGCCGAGAUCACAUCACACCAGUGUUGUUCGAUCUACACUGGCUUCCAGUUGUUUUCCGAGCCCAAUUCAAGGUGUUGGUAUUGACCUUUAAAUCCCUACACGGUUUCGGCCCAGUUUAUCUCACGGAGCGCCUUCAACGCCACCAAUUAUGCCGCCCGACAAGAUCGGCCACACAGGGCCUUCUCUCAAUCCCGCCAACAAAAACAGCCAGAUUGGCGGGUACAAGAGAGGGCAUUCUCAGUGGCGGCCCCCACUCUUUGGAACUCCCUCCCACAAGAUCUCCGGCACGCCUCUUCCCUAAAUGUAUUUCGGAAAGCCUUAAAGACCUGGCUCUUUCAACAGGCCUUCGGGGUAUCCGGGGAGGGUUAAUUGUUAUAACUGUAAUGCCUCCUGCCCAGUUUUAAUAUUGUUGUUGCAGAUGUAUUGUUUUUAUAUUGUAUCACUGUAUUUUAUUAAUUGUAUCUUAACGAUUUUGUAAGUCGCCUAGAGUGGCCAUUGGCCAGAUAGGCGACAAAGAAAUUAAAUUUAUUAUUAUUAUUAUGUUCACAGAGUACCUGUAAUCCUAAUACUGACCUUGCCCCAUACUCUGACCUUCAUCUACUGCAGUUUAAAGGUUAAAAAAAUGCCUGGUUGAUUUUUAAUUAAUUUAAGAAAUUUUGGCUGGAAGCCUAUUAUAACGCGGGGCAUGCUCAGUAAGGACCAACUGUCAGUGUUCUAAAAGCCUCACAGCUGCUGGGCUUGGCUAAUCAGAGGGCCACACCCACACCAGACUUGAUUUCACUUGAGACAGUCAUGGCUUCCCUCAAAGAAUCCUGGGAAGUGUAGUCUGUGAAGGGUGCUGAGAGGGGACUCCUAUUCCCCUGAGAGAAUGGUUAACAGUCAGCCACUCUGAUUGAAGGUCUGUGAGAGGAACAGGGCGUCUCCUAGAAACUCUCAGCACCCUUCACUAACUACACUUCCCAGGAUUCUUUGAGAGAAGCCAUGAUUGGCUUUGAGCCAUGGCUUUGAGAGAAGCCAUGAUAAAUUGUUUUAAAUUGUUUUUAAAAGAUGUGUUUUUAAAUUUGUAUAUUUGUUUUUAAUGUUUUUAGUUAUUGUAAACCGCCCAGAGAGCUUCGGCUAUGGGGCGGUAUAUAAAUACACUAAAUAAAUAGAUAAAUAAAUAAUGAUUGUCCAAAGUGUAAUAGAGGCCUGGUGUGGAUGUGGCCAGGGACAGCUUUGUUUUAAAUUUGCGUGGGAGGUAGGGUUGCCAGGUUCAGGGCCUGAGACUGAUCCUGUAUCUUUAGUAGAAGAGAAAGUCAGCCACGUGCAGGUGUUCUUGCAACAAUGUAGUGGGAAAAACCACAAGGUAGAAUUCUCCCUUCCCCCUGCCCAACUUUGAAAGAUACAGAAGGCAUCUUGGUUGCCAGGCCCAGCCUGGUCAGUUUUACCUAUCCUAAUCCUGAUUGCAUAGGAGUAUCUCCGAUUCAACUCAAUAAUCAUACAAAUGAUCAGACCCACCUUUUCCCUCCUUCCCCUUUCCUCUCCCUUCCUCCUCCCCUCCCCUCUUCCUUCUUCCGCCUCCCCUGCCCACUCCAUCCCUCCCCCCCGGUCAGUUUUACCUAUCCUAAGCAUGAUUGCACGGGAGUAAAUCCCACUGAACUCAAUAAACAUGCAAAUGACCACAUCUGUCCUUCUUCUCCCCUCCCCCUCCUGCCUGCUCCCAUCCCAGUCCUCCCCUCCACCCCUCCCUCCUCCUCCUCCUCCCCCAUCCCCUGUGGUCAGUUUCACCUAUCCUAAAGCAUGAUUGCCGUGUGUGUGUGUGUGUGUGUGUGUGUGUGUGUGUGUGUGUGUGUGUGUGUGUGUGUGUGUGUGUGUGUGUGU